AAGGUUCCUUCCCGUCGAUACGGUACAUACCGACAACUUCUUGUCCCUCCCCUCCCCCCCUUCGCCGCAUGCAUCACUCGCUCCAGUCAACCCGGCGCCUGUCCAUCCAAUCCGAAUGGCCCCUACAUUCCAACCGGGGUCCAGCACGUCUGGCCUGGUCUCUGUCGGACCUCCUUGAAACUUUCCGCUCGGUUGUGCGUGGCCACAUCUCGUGGCCGCCACGUUUUUGACCGACCGCACGAUGGCUUGGACAGUUAUACCAAUGAUAAUCUGUCGCCCAGCCUUCAUGCUGAUGGGGUGGCUGUUGGGGCCAGAAUCACGACGCUUGCUGCAUGAUGCAUCGUCCCAUCCACCGCCGAUACGGGUUUCGCCGGGAGAGUUUCUAGCUAUUCCGGACAGGUCUCAGCCUCUUUUAUCCUCUCAGCGACGAGAUUGAGAUGUCCCCUAUUACCACG